GAAAAAUAAACACAGUUUGUCCAUAAUUUCAACACGUUAUGAAAGGUGACCUAAAUUUGACUUCUGAUCCGAUAUAAUCUUUCAAUUUAACCUGAAUAUUAUGACAUGAUGCUUAAUUUAUUUGGUACCAGUAACACAAAUCCGUUGUUCAAGAUGGCCAACAGCUGUCUGUAACAUUUUCGCGCUCUUUUCAAGCUGGCCGUUAAUCGCCAAUCAGCGCGCUCUAAACUGAACCAAUCAGAAAGGGCGCAAAAAUACAGGAGGGUAUAUAUACAAGGCCUCCCGUAACCCAGCAUCAGUCGCAAAACAACAGUCGCAAGAUGAGCAUCGCCUCCUUAGUAUUCAUUCUAUUGUUGAUUCCUGCUGGCCCGGCAACCAUCCCGGAAAUGCCAGACAUGUAUGAAUUUGUACAGGGCAUGUGGAGCCUAACGACAGAAACAACAUGGCACAUUUCGCAAACGCUGUCCAGUGCCGAUGAGAAGGUUUUCCAUCUCUCGGCCUCUCUCGCCACCAGCAGCAUUUGUGCACUGGACUCUCUAUCCACUUUUGCUAUCACCAUUAUCUCAGGCACUUACUCAUUGUUGAAUGGCAUCUUGGACAAUGUUGUGACUUGGUAUAUUCAGUUUAUGGAUCACGCCGUUAGUGUGUCAGCUUGUGUUUUGGGGUACUGUGGGGACAUUUUGGACUACAUUUCAUCACUCUUUGGACAAGGUUUUGGAUUUAUGGAGCAAGUUCUUUCGGUUCAUAAACUCUCUCUCGUCAUGGAUUUUCUUUCUUCCUUCUCUACAAAAGACUGUGUACGUUUGGGUGCUGGUUUUUCCUUUGUGGCUUUGUGUGUAUCAGUUAUUUGGAUGGGGCUUGAGAUGAGGGAGCAUCUAGGGCGGAUGCACAGGACAGUGGCCAAUCUAGGAGAAGAAAACAGACAUUUGAUGAUAAAAUUCGUUGCUGAAUUGAACACGCUAAAGGAAAGGCAGAAAGAGAAUGAGAGAGCCCUGACAGAAACUAGACACAGAUCCCAAGCCCUGUCCAUGUGGUUAAACGUGUACACGAGCGAACUGUCUAGGAAGUUAGACACGCGGUCUGCUGGACAGUUCGUUCGUAGAUCCCUUCAACGCCAAAAGUUGCUAUGAAUGUCACCUUUGUUCAUUUACUAUGUUAUUGUUGAUUAAAUAUAUGAUUGAUAUAUUAA